CAUUUGGCAAAAUUCCUGCGCUUGGGCAAACGGAGUUCGCCGAUCGCGGCCGAAACGUGUAUUGUGUUUCAAUUUGUACGAUUUAAUUCCUAAAUGGUGAAAAAAUCGUUAUAAAAUCCAGUUGAGUUGUAUUUUCCACACCCUGGGACCAUGAAGACCGUAAUUAAAAUCGACUCGCAAGAGCAGAAAGAAAACGUUAAAAACACACGAAAAACCCUCAGAGUGCUCCAACAGACAGCCACCGACAAGGAGAAUCUGGCCGGGAGGAUUCCCACCGAAAAAGACAAGUCAAUUCUCCGACACAAACAUCUGGAAGACAAGGGGGUACAAACUGGUGAGAGCACAGUCACUGCUGAAGAUUUGACCUCGGAGGAGCCCAGUCCUGAGUACUGGAAGAGACUUGCAGAAAAGCGGGACCAACUCCUAAAUGAGAGUUUCGAGGAGAAUGAGCGGCUGAGACAGGCCGUUGAGGCCCUCCAGGAGGAAAACAAGAUCUGUAAGGAGAUGUUGGACGAGUCCAGGCUUCUAGUCGAAGUCCUGCAGGAAAUGUUGAGCGAUGCUGAGACAACUGAAGUCGCAGAAGAAGCGACUGAAGAAACAAAUUAGAAUUUGUCACUAGUUUUUAAGUUUAAUAAAUCUUUUCAUAUUAAUAA